CUCACUCAUGCUCAAACUCAGCCCUCAUCUCCAGAUUCUCCACAGCCCACUGUGAAUUGGACCAAUCGGUGCUUCCCUUCACUCCUUCAGCUCUCACCUCUCACCGACUCUGCUACUCACCGUGCCCUACUCUCUCGAUCGACUCACCUUCACAGAAUCACAGCGAUACCCUUCAACUCUCGACAUCUCACGGACAGAUGGACUCACUCACGGUGCCAUCGGCCCAUCACUACAGCCCUUGGCCCUUGCUACCCUGCAACUUAAGAGUAAAUGACAAAGAUCCUCCCAUUGUUCAGCUGCAAGGCCUUGAUGCAAUGCUAGAGUCUAUAUUGACCAUUUGUUCCAAUAUCAUGUCCAUAUGUCAGCUUAUGAUUGUUGAAGCUUCAAAGAAACAUGUGAAACAACUGAACAAAGGGGAAAAAAGGGUUCUCAACUCUGAACUUUGGCAUGCAUGUGCGGGACCUCUUGUUUCUCUACCUCCUGUUGGAAGUAGGGUUGUUUAUUUCCCACAGGGUCAUAGUGAACAGGUUAGUUAUUUCGUAAUUUGAGGUUAGCUAGUUUGGUAAAUAAUUGAUUUUGAGGCACAUUUUGUUUAUUGCAGAUGGUAUGUGUAUGUGUAUCAACUUGCGCUUGCUACAUGAAGAAUGAAUUUUGAAUAUCUUU